UAGAUUACAGUUUCUGGUGUGUUUAUAAUACUGGCAUUAUAAAUUAGUUUAGAUACGCUAAUGCUUUACUUACUGUUGCUUUUCUAAAGAACGUUAAAUUCCUUUUUAUUUAACAGUAGUUCUUUCUAAAUUAUUUACUUUUGUUAAGCCAACUUUUUAAUUUACACAACGUUUCAUUAUCUCCAACAUAAAUGCCCAGAGUUUUAUUUUUUUUUCAACUUAAACCAAAAUGUUCAUCUUUUCGUAACUGCCAGUUACUAAGCCACAUUGUAUUUCAGUUUUCUUUAUUCAGUUUCAUCUCUGUUACAUUACUAAAACAAAAUCAUAAUUUGUUAAAACCCUUGACAUACCUUGUUUAUCUGCAAUAAAUAAUAUGGUAUCGAUAGCAAGUUCUGCUAUUUUUGCCUCUCGUACGUUACUAGUACCUAUUUCGUUUCGCAAACUAUAAUUAAUUUUUAAUUUUGUUUUUAAUUUCACAACACAAAGUUAUAGCUUAUAUAGGAAAAACUAUUCGAUUGUUAACAAACAUAAUUUUAUUACUCUUAUAGAAACAAUGACAUUUAAUUAAAUUUAUGUCACAACAGAUUAAAAAUCAAGUAUGGAGGUGAAAGGAUAGUGCUGGUUUUGGGUCUUCUACAUUCAUUCCUAAACUAUUAAGCAAUCAAGCAAUUUAUGUUGGUAAAAUAUAUUAAAGUUUAGAUUUGUAUUAAUGAUGUCAUAAAAUAAGUUUAAUUAAUAGUUUCUGAUAAAUGAUCGCGAGAAGUUUGUUGGACCCUCAUUUUAACUAUGACAGUGUUAUGAUGAUGAAUUUUACUUAUAAUACUGUUAUUUCCAAUCUAUCUAUAUGUACUGUUCCCAAAAUUUCCCCCAUCUUUUACUGCAGAUCUGCGCCAUUGAGCAAAAAGCAUCAUAACACCAACAGAGAAUCGACCAUUUGUAAAAUUUUGAACUAUUUGUCUUCAUCAUGAAUUAAUUACACAACUAUGGCCAGAUGUCUUUUUCUUCCUUUGGUUCUGUCAAUAUUUCUUAGUUACCUUCCAUGUAAAGGUGAUCUAGGAUCAAUAGACACUGCAAUAAACUCUGAUCUCUUUAGCAAGUUUAAAUAUGGCUACCAAGCACUCUUGCUUGGAGAACACUUUGAUCUCAAUAUCAUCAUUACCUUUACAUCAAACUUAACUUUGAAGUGUAUGGUUCUGGUCAACUUUGAUGACAAACUUGAAAUUGUGUAUGGCAACUCUAGCAACGGCGUCACAAUCACUCAUAGUGAUGGUGUUCUACCAUAUCAAGAGAUUAGCCAAACAGAUGGAUCCUAUCUUAAAAUAAACUUUGGGGAUAUAAUAACCAAUAGCAGUGCAAAUGGUAGCAGUAUCACAUACGUGACGGUGCCAAUGAGUUUGAGUAAGCCUGGUAGUUUUGAUGAGCUCCUAGAUAUUUCUUCAUCAGUGUCUUCGGGACUUCAUGCUCGAAAUGUAUUGAAUUCUAAACAAAAUGUUUAUUUCCUUGGUCCUGAAGUUAAUAGCGAUGCAAAUUGGAACAGUGGAGAUAACAAUGCUGUUGUUGGUUCCUAUGCUGAAGUCACAAUUUCUCUACAGAUUGCACCAAAUUCAGAAAUUAAAGAUUUGGAAGUUUGUCAAGACUUUUUCAGCAGUGAUUUAGUAUCUCUAACAGUAAUUUACAUCCAAUGCUUGGCUAUUCCUACCACUGGAAACAUUACUUUUAGUAGUGCAUCAAGUACCAACAUCACAAAUUUUAACUCUACAAUGGUGUCAUCAUCUGGCCACAUAGUCCGUCCAAAAAGACAAGUUUCCGGUUCAUCAUUGUUCAAUUUUCUUAGGUGGGAUAUUGGUGAUGUCAGCAAUAAUGGUGAUACAGUUGCCAUGUUGAAUGUCAAUGAACACACUUCUUCAAGACUACGUUGCACUGCUGGGUAACAGGCAAUUUUUCGUUUUGGCUACGCAGCCAGUCUACUUCGAACUAAUGGACCGUGACGGCAACGCCAAGACACUGUUCGCGUACUACCCAAGAGCUGUUUUCGUUUUUUUAAGACGACUACGAGUCUACGACGACGCAGCAUACGUACCCCGACACGUAUAUGGUUAGCCAUCAGUGCCAUAAUGAAAGCGCCGUAAUCGCAAUGAAAGCGCCGUUAUCUUCAUAAAAAGCGCCGUAAUGCCAUUCAUUUUUAACCAAUCACAGGUUUAGGAUGACUCCAACAGGGUCAUAAUGAAAGCCCCGUUAACUUGUUACAAUAAAGUGCCGUGAUCAUAAUGAAAGCGCCGUAAUCAUAAUUAAAGAUCCGUCAUGCCUUUCUUUUUCAACCAAUUACAGGCUUAGAAUGACGCCAACGGGAUCAUAAUGAAAGCGCCGUUAACGUGUUACAUUAAAGCGCCGUAAUCAUAUAAAAAGCGCCGUAAUCAUAUAAAAAGCGCCGUAAUGUUGUUCAUUUUACAACCAAUCACAGGCUUAGAAUGACGCCACCAGGGUUAUAAUUGAUUACGGCGUUAACUUGUUCAAUAAAAAGCGCCGUUAUCAAAAUUAGAAAAAACGCCGCUUUUAGUAGCUGGCGCAAGGGUCAUACUUUUAGCCAAUCAUAUUCCGUCUU